AUGGAUUGCCCGGCUUGCUUCCCUCUAUGGUUUGCGCUCGGCGUCCACGACCUUGAUGCUGCCGAGAGGACUGCAGUUGUCGCAGUCCUUCAACCGGUCAUGCCCAAGCAGCCAACAUGGGCUACCUCUCCGUUGGAAAAACCCAAGCGGAAAAGGAGAAGCGCCGAAGCCUCUGGAGCCAGAAAGGAUACAGAGACCAGCUCGGAAGAGGUAUUUCCUUCGCAAAGCGAGCUUCAAGCGUGGUUCAAAGAAUUCACGUCCGAGCGAUCCAAUUUCGAAGCCACCGCUCAGUCAGUACCACUGGAGCUUCUCCAAAUGCGUGUCAAAAAAUCCUCUGAACAUGACAAGUUGGAGAGCGAGGAGAAGAUGAGGAGACUUGAGGGAACGGGGUUUUCAGGGCCUAUAAAGAUGGACCCCCGCCAUGGGACUGUCGGGCCCAUCACUCUUCGUCAACCUAGGGACGAGUUCGACACUCUGGUGUCCUCAGUCGACAUGGAGGAGAAACCAGCAGUCGACCAGAGCGACGAAGACGGCGGGCCAGCAAUCAUUGUGCUUGACUGUGUCUCCCGGUCCCUUCUAGAGUCCGACUUUCGCCACAUUGCCGGUCAUGGCCAGCAUGUGGACGGGUGGACUUAUGGCCUUGUCAAGGUUGUCCAAUCCCGAUCCCGAACUACACAUGAACCACAAGGCUGUUAUUUCCUCUUCUUUGACAAUGAGUCCAAUGCUCGAGCAUACAUCAAUGUUCUGGAACGCUUGCAUAAUAAAUCACGUCAGCGUUUGCCAAAAGAAUGGCGACAGACGACCACGGCCACGCCGACAUCGGUUCAACCUGCUGGGGAGUUAGAAGGCUCAGAAGAUGUUGAAGAGAGCGCCGACGAGCUUCCGGACGUGGAUGAACAGCAGGGGGGCGGCCUCGGCAAACCCAGUGAAUAUGCCGCCGCCACUUCCAUCCCAGACGAUGACGGCCUGGACGCUGCACGCUACACCUUACUGCCCCCUACAGCGCCCCUGCAUUACCAAAUCUUCACCAGAAACAACAUCCUCGAAUUCGAGAACAUACGGGAGGCAAGUAAGGGCCUGCGGCCUCAGCAGCUUCUCUCACAACCAAAAUCCAAGCGUAGCGGAGCAGGCUCCUUCAUAUCCCCGCCUCCCAAGGACCUCAUCAACUACGCCCAAGACCCACAAAUAGAGCAUAGCAGAAACAGCGCCCUAGUGCACCUGGUCGGGGCCAAAAUGACCAUCCGGGCCUUGCGCACCGCCAUUGAAAUCGACUCCGAGGCGCGUAACUAUCCGUGGCAAUUGCUUCAGGAGGAAGAGCCAGCGGCGACGCCGUCUACAACAACAACAAGGAAGACGACGGAGCAGCAAGGAAAGGAUGAAGAGGAUGCAGCAAUCAAGCCCAUCUUAUCCACGCUCUCCACCAUCAAGUUCAGCAAGUUCAACGAGUACAGAAUCGAGCACGAGCUGGAUGAGUUCUCGGGCGGUCAGAUGGAUGAAGGGGAAAUGCGCGGGUUUUCACGGUUCGUGGUCUCGUUUGCGGACUUAGGCGCGUGGGUGUAGAUCACGUUGUUUGUAUAUGGAGGGAUUUGUAUAGGGGUAUGAAUGGGUUCAGUGUACUAUUCCAUGUAUAUUAUUUCCUCGAUCUUGGAUAGAGAAAACUAGCCAUGGCGUCUAGACAGGU